GUUUAUUUCUUAAAAUAAAUUUUCUAUAAAUAACGAUAUAUGUAAAUAUUCCUCACUAAAACAAUCAAAUGUUUUUUUUUAAACUUUUUUUUAAAUUUUAUUAUUUUUUUUUAACGUUUUCUUAAUGUGUGUUAUAGGUGGGAGGCUGGUCUUUCAGUCUUCCAGUUUGACUGUGGAUGUUGGUGCAAAUGUGACAUUAACAUGUGAUAUCGCAAAUGCAUUUGGUCAGUGCUCCUCAGUCAGAUGGCUCCUGUACCAACAAGAAAAUGGCCUUAGGCUCUACAUGACAGGCUUCAGUACCGUUACCAGAAAAACUCAGCAAGACACACUGUGUACACUGAAAAUUUCCCGAGCCAAUCUUUCGGAUAAUGGCACAUUUUAUUGUUUACUGUUGAAUGAAGGUGUGGAUUAUAUGGGUAAUGGAACAGUGCUGACAGUCAUAGCACCAGAUAUAACCAACAAGCAGAAAGUGAACACUCAUGACUGCAAGAAGGAUUUACAACAAGUUAAGGAACAUCAGUGUUUGGUCCCCUUGGCUGUUUUGGGAGGAAUCUCACUUCUGAUCAUCUUGGGAAUUCUAGCCAUAUGUGCCUGCCACAGAAGAGCUAUUUUGAUGCGUCGGAGGGACAAUAAUGCAUCACAGCAACAUCAACAAUCCUCCAGUGAGACACAGUAUGCUACCCUCAGAUUUGUAACCGGGAGACGUGAGCAUGUUGCAAAAUCCUGAGCCUAAAUCUUCAGUGGUAACCAUUAUUUUGGUUAAAUCUAACAUUUGAAUGGUCCUAUACAUUCUAUACUUCUGCUUUUUUUUCACCAUAAUUUACCAUGUAUCUUUUCGUGAAUGUACAAUCUUUUGCUAAAUCUCAUUAAUAUCAGCACUGCAACUGAAAAGUAUUCAGCGCUCAGUGCCAGUUCUGGAGGUCACCUGGCAUCCUGCACUGUAAUGUUUCUUGCUUUCCAUACUCCAGCAAACCUGAUUUCACUCAAUGGGUAAUUAUAAAGCAUUUUGUAAUUUGACUUAAUUGGAAAGACCUACUAGCAGGGGGAAAAACAAAUAUCUGCAGGGCAUGGGGUCUCCAGGACUUGAACUGUGAAGCACUGCUACAGCAGCCUAUAGCGGGAGUGCUCAUUUACAGUGCUAUAUGUAACCUAAAUCUAAUACAGUUUAGUGAUUUGCUGUAAACUGUAAAAACAUUAAUGCACUUAGUAAGUAUUUUUUAUCUGUUGACGUACACAUAUAUAUACAGCAUAUAUACAUUGAUACAGCAUAUACCAGGGAUUGCCAAACUUUAUAAUUAUUCUAAAAUAAUUAGUCUCAUUAUUUAAAAUUACAAUAAUUAGGCUCAAUAUUACAAUAUUAGGCUCAUUAUUUAAAUGUUUGGCUAUUAACUGGACACGAUGACCUUUUUUUUUUUUUUUUUUAAAUUCCUGAACCCAUUCAAUUAAACCCAUUUAAUUCAUGUGACCAGUAAAUCAAGCUAAUAACUAAGGCUAAGAAUUCAGUCUAAGAACUCAAUAAUAAAUAUAAUAACUUUGACAAUGGUGGUUGUAGUUUCCACCACUGUAACAAAAUUAGAAAAUCAUGGACUCCUGGUUAUGCUUCACACACCCCUGCAGGUCCAUAGAUCCCACUUUGUCAUAUACAAUAUGAGUUGAGUCAAAAAAGUUGAAUCAUUUGGUUUUGGGCAGGAGAUCAAAAACUGUGCUGGACGCUGGCCAUUUUUGUCAAAGACGUGGUCUAUCAGCCAGUUCCCCACUAGAAGGCAGCAGAUUUUCCUUUAUACAUAGGCCACUGAAGUACAUUGUCUCUAGAGUAGGCAUACAUUUUGGCUAACUUUGACCUGUGAUUUUGCUUUUUUGUAAUUGUCUGUAUUUUGAACUGGCAUUUAGUUUUUUUUUUGGCCUCAAUUAAAAGAAGAGAACACAAAGUGGUUGUGAAUGUGGUUUAUUUGUGAAGGAACCAUGGUAAUAAACUCAGAAGACAGAACAACAUUUCAGCAGUCAAAGCAACCAAGUUCAAAUGAGUUUUGCAAGAAGACGUGAGGAAACGUGGAGACCUUUCUGGCCUCUAAAAAAAUAAACAGCACUCCCCUUUAUCUCUGAACCCAACAUGUGAUGUCAUGUCUUGUGAAUGUUCUGGCCCAUGUCUUGCCAGCAGCAGUGUUGAACUGUUGCAACACAGAUGCA